AUGGACGCUGUGCUAUCCGCAGUGGCCAGUGACCUCAUCAGCCGCUUCAUCUCCUUCCUCCUCCAGAGAUCCCAGCAGGCUCACCGCGCCGCCGCCGCCGCCGCCACGCCACGGCUGCAGCGGCUGCUCCUGCGAGCUCGCACCGUCGUCGAGGAGGCCGACGGGCGGCGGAUCGCCAACCACGGCAUGCUCCUGCAGCUCAAGCAGCUCCGGGACUCCAUGUACCGGGGCUUCUACCUGCUCGACACCUCCCAAGCAUGCCUCCCUCGCCAACACGAGCUCCAAGCACAAAUCAUCGACGAGCUAGAAGCCGUGCUCGACGACAUGAAGGAGUUCCUCCUACUUCUGAUGCAAUGCCCCCCGGUCGCUCGCCAGCCAUACAGCGCGUACCUGUUCAUGGAGAGGUGCAUGUUCGGCCGGCGCAUGGAGAAGGAGCACAUCGUCAGCUUCCUGCUGAACCCUUGCUCAUCGUUGGAUGUGCUCCCCGUCACCGGGCCGUUCUACAUCGGGAAGAGCACCCUAGUUGAGCACGCCUGCAGAGAAGAGGCGGUGCAGAGGAGCUUCCCGAACAUACUGCGUCUCAGCAGCGACGAUCUCAACGAUCUAGCUGCAGGCAGCGACAGCGCCAUGGAUGGCCACAAGCUCGGCCCGAGGUCUCUGAUGGUCGUGGAGCUCGGCCAGGACACGGAUCUGGCGGCAUGGGGCAAGCUCCACCAAUCCCUGCGCCGUCGAUCGGACGGCACCAAGGCCAUCCUCAUCAGCCGGAUGGAUGACCGCGUGUCGGGCCUCGGGACCGUGCAGGCUCUCCGGCUGACGAGGCUGCGCAGGGAGGAGUACUGGUACUUCUUCAGAGUCCUGGCCUUCGGGAGCGCGGACCCGUACGACCACCACCCGAGCCUCGUCCCCAUAGCCGAGCGGAUCGCGGCGGAGAUCGACGGCGCCUCGUUCAUGAUGACCGGCGCCAUCACGAGGGCGCUCAGGGCCAACCUGAGCGCGGAGUUCUGGGCCCGGGCGCUGGGCUACGUGAGGAAGUCGAUGCGGAUGCACGCUCGCGUCUUCGGGGUGGACCCGAGGGCGGCGCCGGCGCGGUCCGGCGAGAGGUACCUCUCGUACAUCCACGGCGUGAAGCAGGAUUGCCCCCCGAUACUCUGCUACAGGAGGUACAAGACGAGGUCGCUGGAAGGGGACGCGGCGAGCAAGAUGUUGACCGGGGAUGUGUUUGCAGCAGCAAGGUCUGUGAGAUGUGGAGAGAAGUUUGAUUUCGUGACCCAAUCUCACAUACCUCCUUACUACUACUACGUGUCACAGUGGGUUGUGGAGAAGCGUAAGCCAGCUCAUCGUGGAAACAACUGCCCUAAGAGAACGAAACUACCUAACAAUCCUUGUCAUGGUGAUCUUUGA